AUGACCUACGAAAAUCGUCAGAAGGCGAUUGAUCUCUCGCACCAUUUGUCCGAGCUGUCAAAGGCCCGAGCUACGUCGCCGCUCAAGGGUCUUGCGCGAUACUACGGCAGGCCGGGUUUGAUAAGCCUUGCUGGAGGUGUCCCGGACGAGAACUACUUCCCGUUCAAUAACAUUGGUGGUGACGCCAUCGUGCCGAAUGCGUUCUCCUUGAAGGCUGAUGAGCAAGACUCUGGUCUCUCGUGGUUCUGGAAGCUGUUUGGACGUCCAACUAAGGAGAAAACCAUUCCCAUCACAAUCCCUAGGUGGCCUGAGCAGAACGGUGACGUCAACCUCGCUCAGGCGCUGCAAUACGGCAUGGCAACGGGUCUCCCUCAGCUCCAGAAGUUCAUCAAGGAUUUUGUUGAGAAGGUGUAUCAGCCAGCCUACAGCGACUGCACCAUCAUGGUCCACAUUGGCAACACCGAAGGUUGGUCGCGCACAAUGCAGACUCUCAUGAACCCUGGUGAGGGCUUCAUCACAGAGGAAUGGAGCUUUCCGACUGCUAUGGCUGCGAGCAUCCCGUACGGGAUGCAUGCCAUUCCUGUCGAAAUGGAUGGAGACGGCAUGAGCUCCGCUUGUCUGCGCAAAGUGCUCUCUGAAUGGGACGAGAAGGCGCGGGGAUGCAAGCGUCCGCAUGUCAUGUACACGGUCCCUGUGGGUCAGAACCCGUGCGGAUCUACGAUGGGCGCGACACGGAAGAAGGAAAUUUACGACAUCUGUGUUGAAUUCGGUAAGGUGUCCAGCCGGGCGGAACAUUCUCGAUGGAUUGAUUUAUGUAAUGUCGUUGUAACUCCAGACAUCAUAAUUGUCGAAGACGACCCCUACUUCUUCUUGCAGCAAGGAGGAUACGUCCCGAAGACGCAACGCAGCUCCGAAUCCCACGGCGGCACUAGCGAUGCGGAGUGGCUUGCUGGUUUGGCCCCAAGCUACCUGAAGUUCGACUAUCAAGGCCGUGUGAUCCGACUCGACACCUUCUCUAAGUAUAUUGCACCCGGUUCCCGCCUUGGUUGGCACACUUGCAACCCUCUCUUUGCCGAACGGCUUGAGAGGCAUGGCGAGACCACGGCGCAGGCGCCCUGUGGAUUUGGGCAGUCUCUCGUCACCCAGCUGCUGUUGACUUGGAAGCAGGACGGGUAUGUACGGUGGCUGCGAGGUCUUGCUGUUCAGUAUAAGUCACGACGAGACUUUUUCAUCGACUGCUUGGGCGAAGAGUUCCAUCUCGUACCAUCGUCCUCGGAGGUCAGCUACUGGAAGGGCUGUGACGUGUUCGAUGCAUACGCGAAGACUGGCAAGGAGCUCGUGACGACCGAGAAGGGUGCAAUUGGAACGAGGCUGUUCAGCUUCGUGCCACCGUCCUCCGGCAUGUUCAUCUGGAUGAGGUUGUUCUUCGGGAACCUCCCUGCGUACAGGAGGGACCCUGAGGAGACUCCCGAGCUGCAGCUCUGGACGAAGCUCGCAGAUGCGGGUGUGCUGAUCUCUCCGGGAUGGUUCUUCGCGGCGGACACACUGAAUCCGCCGACCGAUGAGAUGGAGGGCCACUACCGUAUCAGCUUCAGCAACGCCGACUUCGAGGCCCUGAAGAAGGCUGUGCAGAUCUUCGCGAAGGUCACGAAGGACUUCUUUGAGCAAUAG